AUGUCGGAAGCUACGGACGAGCCGCCACUGUAUCUAACACCGCAGUUCUUUAGACGGACCCUGGAGCACGGCCUGCAACAACAGGAUCUCCAUGUCCUUGAGGUGAUGCUGACCAACCUGACCCGCGGUGGGGAGAACUACUGCAGCAACAUCUACAGAGCCCACAUUAAAUAUCGAAAUGCGGAGGGAAAUGCCUUGGAGACAUCCUUGAUUGUCAAGUCCAUGCCGGAUGAUAAGCAGGCUAUAUUGGCCCGACUUCACAUCUACAACAAGGAGACAUUCUUUUACUUGCAAAUCAAACCCAAGCUGGAGACUCUAAUGUGGGGAAUAAGUGAUGUUUCCAAGCCAUGGUCUCUAGGAGCCAAGCACUAUUACUCUACCUCUCAGCCGGAACAGACCAUUAUAUUUGAAGACCUAUGCUGCAAGGGAUAUCAGUUGAAGUGCCGACAACUGGGCCUGGACUUGGCACAUGCAUCGCUGGUGAUGCGGAAGCUGGCAGAGUAUCAUGCUCUUACAAUGACCAUGUCCGAAUGGGAGCCAGAGUCGAUCAUAGACCGCUAUCCCUUUGGACUCCUGCACAUGGAUGCCAUAAAGUCGGAGCCAUUCAAGUUACUGUUUGGGACCCAACUCCUGAAACUAAUAGCCCUUCUAACCGAGUGUGAGGGCUUUGGUUCCAUUACCAAAAAGUUAUAUCGAUACCAUGAGCAUUUCACCGAUCGUGUUCUGAAGGCGGUUUACCCUCUCAGAGGAAACCAUAAUGUUCUUAACCACGGAGACCUCUGGGUAAACAAUAUAUUCUUUAAAUAUGAUUCAAAGUACAAGGUGAAGCAAGUUAAGAUUAUUGACUUCCAAUUGUGCUUCUAUGGGAGCCUAGGAUUCGACAUCAAUUACUUCUUAAACACCAGCCUGGAACUGGGGGUACUGCGUGACCACCGACAGGACCUGAUAGACAUUUACUUCGAGGUCCUGAUAGAGGUCCUUAAAAAACUGCCAUGGUCUAAGCCUCUGCCCACCUACGAGAGUGUCAUGGAGGAGAUUCGGGAGCGUGAGGCCUACGGAUUCUUUGUUGCUUUCGGCUUUUUUCCUCUGAUGAGCAUGAUUGGUGUAGAUUCGGAGGAUAAUUCUCUGAAGAACUUCCACGACGAGGAGUUUGCUCGCCAAAAGGUUCAACUUAUGUUUGAAGGAAACUCUCGUACCCUGGAGAGCUUAAAGUGUACGGUGAAGCGUUUGGAUGAAAUGAAACUAUUUGAUUGA